AUGGUGGACAAACUGAAAUUAAAAGUCCGGGAAAUGGAAACCAGACUGAGUGAUUCAGAAAACAAGAACGACGAUUUGGAAAACAGAUCGCGACGAAUGAACUUAAACUUCCAUAAUUUCCCAGAAGGAGCAGAAAAACACGAGAAAUCGUGUUCAGAAUUUAUAAAGAAAUUCGUCUUGAAUCAUAUGAAGAUAGGAAGAUUGAUGAAAUUUCGUAAAGACUACCAGAAGGAGAAUCCAAAUAAAGAGUUACAUCUCAUGGAGGGUUCCAGCUACGUGCAUGAUAGAAGUAGAAGGAAAAAUGUAAGUGAUUAUGGUGAAAGAUCUAGAGGAAUGAAAGACCACGAGAAAGGAAAGAAGAAGAAGAGAACUUUUAACGACGAUGAACUAAUUGACCAGUUGGCAUUACUUGCCGGGCGCAGCCAAACAGACGAUCCCAAUCAUAAAUCUCGUAAACAAACCACAUGUAAACGACGAGACAUGAACACCGUGAGAAUGUUUAGACGAACCACAGGUAGACGACGAGACAUGGACACCGUGAGAAUUCUUAGACGAACCACAGGUAGACGACGAGACAUAGGCACCGUCAGAAUUCUUAGACGAACCACAGGUAUACGAAGACAUGUGGGCAACGUGAGAAUCCCGGAUCGAAUAACAGAUAAACGACAGAUAGCGAUAUCGGUGAAGCUAGAGACCUUCCAAGCAAGAGCGGCGCCGUUGAUUCCUAGACCGCCACCACCGGUGACUACUAUAAUUCCAACUACAAUGCCCACUCUUCCAGUGACACUAAAACCAGCGCUUCCAGCCACAGGUUACUGUACUUCAUGGGGUCAGAAUUCCUAUCGUACGUUUGAUGGUCACGUAUACUCCUUCGAAGGCAUAUGCAGCUACGUUCUUGUAGCAGAUUGUUUCAGUUCUUCAUUCGAGAUAUUCAUCACCAAUAGUCGAUCCUGCUCUCCUCCAUACGCGGGAUGUGAACGUAGUCUGAUGGUUGCCAUUGGACAGUUGCAAACAUUACACCUGUAUCGUCAAAAUGAUGAGCCGAUAGUGACGCUAGACGGCGCCGAUUUAGCAUUGCCGGUUGAUGUCAACGGUUUAGUUAUUGAAAGCGUUACCGGGCAUAUCCUCGUUCGCAGCAGCGUGGGAUUCAAACUUAUUUGGGAUGGAGCAGAAGGUGUUUAUAUUGAGAUAUUGAGCAGCGAUCUAUACGACAAAACGUGUGGACUGUGUGGCACGUAUAAUAAUAAUACUUUUGACGAUUUUACCACCUCAUCAGGCAAAGUGUUGACUGCCGGACAGGAGACUGCAUUUGGUCUUUCGUGGAAAUAUCCUGACGCAUCGUGUCCUGAUAUUCCCCCCACACCUACACGAUGUACUGAUACUGUCAUACCACCCGAACUAGCGGAGCAGUACCAAGACGAGAUCGAGAUACAGGAUUAUGCCAGGGAUGUCUGUUCGUUACUUGAUGACUCUCCUUUUAGUAUAUGCCAUUCGGUUGUGUCUCCGCUACCGUACAUUGUGGAAUGUGAGAAGGAUGUCUGUGCAUGUAAUAUCAGCAGACAGGAUUGUAUGUGCAGUACUUUCACCGCCUAUGCCAAGGAAUGCACUAAACGAGGGCGUCCUCUCGAUUGGAGAAGGCCUGAUUUGUGUGAUUUACAAUGUCCCGAUGGUAUGACUUACGAUAACUGUGGAACCACGUGUCCACAAACCUGUCGCUCUGCAAUGUAUAAUUGUGACGAUAACCACUGUUUAGAAGGCUGUCAUUGUCCACCUGGAAAGUACUUGCACGAAGAACAGUGUCUGCCAAGGUCAGAGUGUCCUUGUAUUUACCAUGGGAUAGAAUACAAACCUGGAUCCACUAUACGCCAUGACUGCAACGAAUGCCGAUGUAUUAGUGGGAAAUGGGAUAUGUGUACUAAUUAUAUAUGCCAAGGAACGUGCACAGCGUCUGGUGACCCACAUUAUCGCACAUUUGACGGUCGUACAUACGACUUUAUGGGUGACUGUUCUUACACAUUAGUGAAAAACUGUUAUGCACAAAACAGUACCUACCACAUCAUUGCCGACAACACUCCCUGUGGUCGCAGCGAGCGUACAUGUACCAAAGCUGUCUUGAUUGAAGUUGGAAAUGACAUUGUCAAGUUGAAGAGGGAUCACAAUGUCAUCGCAAAUGGGGAAGAUGCAACAGUGUUUCCACUCAUUCUAAGUGAUAUUUAUAUCGAGAAAAUAUCAUCAAUAUAUAUGAAGGUAACCCUGACCAAUGGUAUUCGUAUAUUCUGGGAUAAUCGCAUGAGAGUCAGGAUAAAGAUUAGUGUGAAUCAUUUUAAUCAGACUUGUGGAUUGUGUGGAACUUUCAACAAUAACCAACUAGACGAUUUUUACACAUCUGAAGGAAACAUCGAAACAAGUCCUGUAAAUUUUGGGAAUAAAUGCAAAGUGGACGAAACAUGCCCGGACAUUCCUCCAGAUGACCUGCAUCCAUGCGAUCUCUAUUCUCAGCAGGCAUCUCUUGCCGAACAGCUUUGUGGGAAACUGAAGAACAAUGACAUUUUCACAGUUUGCCACUCUGAAGUGAACCCAGAACUGUACUAUGAGAACUGUAGAUACGACAUGUGUAGCUGCCAAACCGGGGACUGUCACUGUGACAUAUUCGCUGAUUAUGCAUACGAGUGUGGUAAUAGGGGUGUGGUGAUCCACUGGAGGGAAGCCAUACCCGAGUGCAGUAUGGAAUGCAAUUGGGGUUUGGUCUAUAAGGAAUGUGGCUCAUCAUGUGGGACUUCAUGCAAAUCGUUGAGUUUCCAGGAACCAUGUGACGAUGAAUGUGUACCCGGAUGUGGCUGUCCUCUCGGUAUGGUCAUGGACUACCAUGGUAACUGUGUUCCAAUUGCUAACUGUCCAUGUGAGUACAAAGACAUCGACUAUGAACCGCGUGAAAUCAUUGAAAGAGGAUGUGGCUUUUGUCAGUGUGAAGGUGGCGAUUGGACCUGUGAAGGAGUUGAAUGCCCAAUAAAUUCCUGCCCAGGAGAAAACCAAGAAUAUAUUGACUGCAUUUCUGAAUGCCCCAAAACUUGUGCCAACAUGCACCAGCAUCAUCACGUUCACCAGUGUUCUGCGGCUGUCUGUGAACGAGGCUGCCAAUGCAAUAAUUUGACAGUGUGGAACGGAUACACGUGCGUCUACCCUAUUGAGUGUCCUUGUCAUCAUGCAGGAAGGAGUUAUCAUCAUGGAGAAACAAUUUCCAUCGAUUGCAAUAAAUGCCAUUGUGAUGGAAGUCAAUGGAUAUGUGAAACGGAAGUAUGCCCAGGAACUGGCAGUGACCAGCAUCGAUUGCAUCUAGUUCGGGGAUCGCCACCAGAAAUAACGUAUGGUGAUGGUUUGGGGUUUGAACUCAGUGAAGUUGGAUUUUUCGUGUUUGUACACACAUCUAUUGGAUUGACUAUACAAUGGGAUGGCGGGACAAGAGUAUCCGUAAAGUUGAGUCCCUCACAUAAAGGAAUGGUAGAAGGAUUGUGUGGCAAUUUCAAUGGUGACCAAAAUGAUGACUUCUUGCCACCAGAUGGUGGCUUUCCACUUACUUUAGCAAACGAGUUUGGUAACAGCUGGAAGAUUUUAGACUACUGCCCAGAUGCCCCAAUUGCACCAGAUACGUGUCUUGCUCAUCCUGAAAGACAAUCAUGGGCUAGAAAAAGCUGCAGUGUUGUCAAAUCCGAUCUUUUUCAACCAUGUCACAGCGAAGUACCUUACCAACCUUAUUUGACAAUGUGUGAAUACGACUCGUGUGGCUGUGACAUGGGAGGUGAUUGUGAAUGCUUAUGUACGGCCAUCGCAGCAUAUGCCCAAGAAUGCAAUACCCACGGUGUACCAAUCAAGUGGCGAACCCAAGAGCUAUGUCCUAUACAGUGCGAAGACUGCUGGACAUACGAUCCAUGUAUUUCUAUCUGUAAUCAGACGUGUGCCAACCAUCACAGAAUCGGACCAGAUGGGCAAUGUCUAGACACAUGUGUGGAAGGGUGUGCAUGCCCAGACGGACAAUUGUGGGAUGGAUAUCAGUGUGUCAGUGAAUGCGUUACAACUUCACCACCAACAUCAAUAGUGACGUCACAACCAUCACCGACAACGUUGAUAUCUACACAAGAAAUAACUAUCACACGGACAUGGUCAGGAUCAACUUCACACCAAGAACCACCAGUAUCAGCAACAGAAAUAACUAAAUCACCAACUACUCCGGAAUCUACACCAGGAAUAACAUCACAAACACCGCAAAAAUCAACCCCACUGAUAUCUACAUCACCAAAUACAAAUACACCAGUAAUCACUACGUCACCAACUACUACGGAAUCUACAUCAGGUCUAACUGAAUCUCGAACACCACCAGAAUCAACACCAGUUAUCACUACACCAACAACUUCUUCCCCCAAAUCUACACCAGGUAUAACUACUUCACCAACGCCACCAGCAUCACUGGAAUCAAGUGUACCACCAGUAUCAACUCCAGAGUUAAGUACACCUCAAAAAUCAACACCAGUAAUAACUACACCACCAACUACUUCGGAAUAUACAGCAAACCUAACUACAUCACGAACACCACCGGAAUCAACACCAGUUACCACUACACCACCAACUUCUUCUCCAAAAUCUACACCAGGUAUCACUACAUCACCAACGCCACUAGUAUCUCUGGGAUCAAGUGUACCACCAGAAUUAAUUCCAGAAAUAAGUACAACACAAGAAUCAACACCAGGUGAAACCACAUUAUCGACAACCACACAAAAGUAUACUCCCACACCAUUAUGUGACUGUGAUUGUAAAUGGACUGACUGGAUGGACGAUGAACAUGGUGAUAAAGUAGACCACUUAGCACCAGGAGAGUUUGAACUUAUAUCAGAACUGCGAAAUGAAUAUUCAUUUUGUGAAAAUCCUGAAGCCAUUGAAUGUAGACUUAAUAUCAGUCCCCACUUACCAUAUAAUGAGACAGGUCAAACGUUAACAUGUGAUCUUAAUCAUGGUUUAGUUUGUUUCCAUGAAGACCAGAAAGUACGACUGUGUUAUAAUUAUGAGGUUAGGUUUUAUUGCUGUGACACAUCGUGUUCCUGUACAUCAAUACCGGUAACUACACUAGAAUCUACACCAGGUAUAACAACAUCACAAACACCACCUGAAUCAACACCAGUAAUCACUACAUUACCAACUACUCCAGAAUCUACAUCAAGCAUAACUACAUCACGAAUGCCACAAGAAUCAACAUCAGUAAUCAGUACACCACCAACUACUCCAGAAUCUACAUCAGACCUAACCACAUCACAAACACCAACAGAAUCAACACCAGUUAUCACUACACCAACAACUACUUCCCCAAAAUCUACACCAGGUAUAACUACAUCACUAACGCCACCAGUAUCUCUGGAAUCAAGUUCACCACCAGUAUCAACUCCAGAAAUAAGUACACAAGCAAAAUCAACACCGGGUGAAAGCACAUUAUCGACAACCACACAAAAGUAUACUCCCACACAAUUAUGUGACUGUGAUUGUAAAUGGACUGACUGGAUGGACGAUGAACAUGGUGAUAAAGUAGACCACUUAGCACCAGGAGAGUUUGAACUUAUAUCAGAACUGCGAAAUGAAUAUUCAUUUUGUGAAAAUCCUGAAGCCAUUGAAUGUAGACUUAAUAUCAGUCCCCACUUACCAUAUAAUGAGACAGGUCAAACGUUAACAUGUGAUCUUAAUCAUGGUUUAGUUUGUUUCCAUGAAGACCAGAAAGUACGACUGUGUUAUAAUUAUGAGGUUAGGUUUUAUUGCUGUGACACAUCGUGUUCCUGUACAUCAAUACCGGUAACUACUCUAGAAUCUACACCAGGUAUAACAACAUCACGAACACCGCCUGAAUCAACACCAGUAAUCACUACAUUACCAACUACUCCAGAAUCUACAUCAAGGCUAACUACAUCACGAAUGCCACAAGAAUCAACAUCAGUAAUCACUACACCACCAACUACUCCAGAAUCUACAUCAGGCCUAACCACAUCACAAACACCACCAGAAUCAACACCAGUAAUCACUACAUCACCAACUACUCCAGAAUCUACAUCAAGCAUAACUACACCACGAACGCCACCAGAAUCAACAUCUGAAAUAACUACACCACCAACUACUCCGGAAUCUACAUCAGUCUAA